GGUGGGAUAAGGGGGGGCAGAUAUAUACAGGCUACCCCACCCCACUCCUCUCCCUCAUCUCCCUUUGUAAAUUGCUGUUACCUUCUGCCUGUAAGAUAGCAUAUUUUUAUUUCAUUUUAGUUUUUUUCUUGAAGAUAUUAGCUCUACAGCUACACUGAAUUUCAAGCUUAAAUAAAGUAUAUUUAUAUGUAUGUAUGGCUCCUAUUUCACUCACACUUCCCUGUUCUUGCUUCCCUUCUUAGAAAUGGGAAAUGAUUGCUUCAAAGGCUUAUAUGAUGGAUAAUAUUUCUUUAUUUAUUCAGUAAUGCUUUGAAAUAUGGGUUUAAUUAAUUACUGAAUCUAUCUUUGAAUAAUUUAUUAUGUUUAAAUGAAUUUUAUUUAAAUUAAUUUCUGAAAAAAAGAUGUCUAACUAAAUUUAUGGCUGUGUGAUCAAUACUUAGAGCAGUAUUGCUGGGCAACAAACAAACAGAAUGUUGCAAAGUGGAAAACAACAAAAAGUGGAACUUGAGAUGUUUGAAAUGCAAUUUCUGUUGAAUUCAAUAAAUUUUUUAGUGAAAGAUGGGAAUUUUUCUUUUUAUCUUUCCCAAAAAAUGUUCUUUUAACUUGCAUUAAAAUUCAGGGAUUUCCAAUGAAAACAAAUCAUCUGCAAAAAUGGCUCUGUCUUUGCUUCCUGUACUGAUUCCAUCAAUUAAGGAUGGCAGUUAAAGCAAAAACCCUUUCAAACUUUUUUUCAGUCGCCCCAUUGUUAAUUCUUGACUUUUUAAGCCUUGGAAGAGAAACUGAAAUAAUUAAAAUUUUGAAAAAAAAAAAGGACAAAGAAAAUCAUUGAAAUGUUCCAGAUUUCACUUACGCACGUUCUGCGAAGUAUACUUCCCUCUCCCAUCUCAUUCUUUUGUAAUGCGAUCAGGACCUUCUAUUCAUAAUUGGACAAAAAUGUGUGUUAAAUUCUUGGGACAUUUGUUAAAGCAGCCUUUCGCCUUGUAAAGAGAGUCUUUCAAAGAAAACACUUUUCAACCAAUCAUGUAACCGAUCACGCGAUCACGUGAUUGACGUAUAUGGCGGGCCUUCCCUUCGUUGCCUCGUGCUAAUAAUCGACCGAUUCGUUUGUUGUCGGGCAAAUAAAUUGAAUUCAAAGCUGUUUGAUAGACGAAAGGUAGCUGGACGAUACCUUUGGGCAUAAUUUUACAGAGUAAGACUUUUUAACGCUCGAAAGCCCUUAAGUUUAACGUUGAAAUGACUUAAACUUCGAUAUUUCAGGUAUAUAUUUUGACGAUGGCGUUGUUUCGUUCUAGGUCGUCCACAGACCGAAGCGUCCUUUGUGGGAGUAAGCGAUCAUGUCUUUUGAAGAUGCUGGUGAUCUGGCAUCCUUUGCUGCCAUUGCUGAGUCGGCGACUGCUAAUAGAGAAGAGGAGACUGCUGAAGCUAAGGAAGAGCCACAGGAAGUAAAGGAGGAGGAUGCUGCCAACAAUGAAGGAGGCAAUGCUAGUGAACCAAGUGAAGUAGCUGCUGCUGAGGCCACAGACAGCAAUGCCUCUGAAUUGACUAGUGAGCAGCAGCGUACUUAUGCAAAUCUCCAGCCAAUCUUUCUUGCCAUGGAGAUGGGACAGGAGGCAGUUAACCAGGAUCAGGAGCAGGGUCAAGAAAGUGCUACUGUAGAGAUUGGACAGCAGCAAGCCACUUACAUUGCUACUACCAGUGAGCAGUUCACUCAGCCUUCCCAAGCUGCUAGUAUGCUGCUCACUAGUGCAGCCACCUCAGGGGCAGAGACUCCAGCCUCUUUGGCCUCGAUUCUACAAGAUGUUGUAUCAGGAAUGCAGAGUGGAGCAGGCUCUGUUCCAGCUGCUAUCAUCACAGAUCCAAACUCUGGAAGUGGAUCCUUCCUAAUUGUCAAUCAAAAUGGUGUACCAAUUGUCCGACCAGUUCUUGUUUCAAAUCUUCCAGCUGGAGGGGUCGGCCAAGGAAGUGCUGUGAGUGUGUCUGCUGAAACUCUGCAGGUGUUGACGGCAGGUCUUCAUACUGUUGAUGAUGGUUCUGGAGGAAGUGGCCAGGAGACAGUGACUGUUGAUGUUAGUGCUGAAGCUGAAGGGGGAAUGAUUCUUGUAGGUUCAAGUGGUGCUGGUGAGUUGUCAGUGGAGGCCACUGUUGAUAUUGGUGCAGAUACUGUUGCAGUGGUAGCUGGAGCUCAGGCUGUGGCACAAGGUGACAAUGGGGCUGAACUGGAAGAAGGUGAAGAAGCUGUUGGAAUACAAAAGCCCAUUGCCACUAGGGCACCAACAGGGAAGCGCAAACUAAGUGAUGGUCCAAGGGUCUGUGAACAAUGUAACAAAAGCUUCAAGUAUCCUUCAGAUCUGAAGAAACAUUUGCAGAUUCACACAGAUAUAAAGAAGUUUAAGUGUGAGGAUUGUGGAAGAUUCUUCCGUCGACUUCAUCAGCUCAAUGUUCACCAGAGGAUUCAUUCUGGGGAAAAGCCAUACGUCUGUAACAGGUGUGGCAUGGCCUUCCGUCACGACUCCACUGUCACCAUGCACAUCAGAACUCGCCAUGACCACCUGCGCCCGUUUAAGUGCGAAGUGUGCGGCAACCUGUUCGGACGACUGUCCCAUCUCAAGAAGCACAUCCGCAAAGUUUGCGGCGACAACAAGAACAAGGAGAAGCCAAUUGCACAGUGUCGCUUCUGUGACGUCACCUUCCCGACUAAGGGAGAUUUACGCAAGCACUUACUGAACUGUGAAAAGAAAGAAGCCAAAGUUAAGGCUAAAGAAGUCACCUUGCACAUUUGCGAAACUUGUAACAAAGAGUUCGCCAGCCCCUACAACCUACGAAGACAUCAGUUGACCCACACAGACGAGAAACCAUACCAGUGUGACGUGUGCAACAGGCAAUUCAAAGAAAAGUCCUCACUCACCAAGCACAUCAAACGAAAACAUACUGGAGUGGACCAAGGCAGUCAGACCGAUGAGACUGGUGAACAGGAGGACGGUUAUGUCAAUGUUGACGUCAUAGCCGAGUCUGCAGCGGCCAGCGGCGUCACCAUGGAAACUGAAGAAACCGUUGAAGCUGGCAUUGCCGCUGAGACCGUAGAAGGAGCUUCGACCGUUGACGCCAGCUCUUUAAUUCCUGGAGAAGAAGGAGAAGUCCAAGGCGGUGCUCAGCAAGUGACUGAGGUGGUGCAGGCCAGCGGUGAGGUAGAAAUGGCCACUGUGGAGCUCCAACUCGCCAACGCCGCUGCAGGUACGGCUCAUUCACACGAUGCCUCAGCCUUACAGGCUGCGGUGGAAGCUCUGGUCUCCGCCAGCCAACAUCAGAUAGCUGGGGUGACUCAGGAAGCCAUGGAAGAAGACUCCUCCGCGGGCAAGGAUAUCUUCGAGGGAGUCACCUCCCAAGAUGCUGAGGGUGCUGCAGCACUCAUGGCGGUGUACGUGCCGGAAGUGAAACAGGCAGAAGUAAACUUGGAACUAGUGAACGUGGAUGGCUCCAAGAUGGAGUACGUGGAGACCACCGAGGAGGGAGAUCAGGAAAUGACUGCAGAAGUUGGAGAAGAAGAAAGUUGAUUGACUUCAAGACUCUUUUUUUAACGAUUACAUCUUCAUUUGAUGAGGCUAAAUGGUCGCUUCACUAAAGCACGUUUGCAGCGUUUGAGUUUUACUCAGAGCUUGUAAAAUUUGUGCUUAUAAACUGUAGAUAAAAGUAUGAGCGAGUGUCCCUCUCAGCGUUGGUAAGCGGUAAACAUUGUAACUCAGACUAAGGUGUUUGAGGUGUUUGCCUCAGUUAAUCAUACUUAAACAUAUCAUUGAUCAUGCUGUGUUUUAAACUACUAGUUCUGAUUGUAGUUGUUUAUUUUAUGCAUUGAAACGUGCGUUGACGCGAUAAAUAUAAACAUGGAGUGGUUAAACAGUGGUUGCAUUAAAGACAUAAGGAUCUAAACUUCUACCAGUAUUCCGGGCUCUAGUUACUCAGUAAAUAGAGAGUUACUUUCUCGUGACGACCAUUUGAUUAAGUUGCUUAAAAAUGUUUUAAACAAAUGUGUUACCCUUUUUCAAAACUAUGUGACUUUUAUCAACACGAUUAUUUACGUAUAACCUUUUCCUGCAAUAUUGAUACAUUUUCAUUGUAUAAGUAAGGACAGCUAAUUAAUCUAUCAACUUUAGGUUUUGUUUUAAAGAUAACUACCUAAAUCAGUCCUCAGAUUGAGCGACAUGAAGACAAGCGAGGAGGAUUAAGCGCUUACAUUUGGGGGUUGAGAACAUUGAGGCUUUUUUUUUUUCUUUCCGAAAUGAAAUUAGCGAAAGUUUUAUACGAAGUCCUCUGUUAAAAACUUGCAGAAUUUGAUGUAGCUACUUUGAAGUAUGCUCUUACAGCUUUCUGAGCAUCGUAGAUCGUGGGAAAGCUCAGAGAAUUAAUUUAAUUUUGUUAAUCUGGACUUAUGCGAGGGUGAUCACUAUUAUUAAGUAAAUCUUAAUCUUUAGUUUCACAGUUACACUAUUUUGUCAGAAGCUUUGGCAUAUGCAAAACCAAACGUUAAGCGGAUGACUGAUAACUUCAUGCUUUCCAAGCUUAGAUAAUGUCUUUAUCCGUAGUACAUUCCACACACGAAAUUGUGUUCCUGGUACAUAACGAUCAGAAAACAUAAUGGUUGAUUUAUAUUAUCUAACUGACCGCGAAGAAGUUGAAAUGUAUUUACGUUAAAUGAUUGGGAAUUAAAGACUUACACUAAACUUAG